AUGGCCUUCCUCUUCUACACCAUCUCCUUCGUCCUCCUCAUCCUCGCAACAGUCCUCUACCUAACCCGCACAACCUGGAAACCCUACGCCCCACCAAUACCCUACCUCACGACCCCGGGCCCCAUCCCGGAACCCCUCUACAACCUCUCCGACCGCCUAACAGCCUGGAUCGACUCCUGGCGCUACAGCCGCGUCCCCACGACCAACUUCCAAGAAGACGCCGAAGCGGGCCUGCACAGCGCGAACUUCAACCUGGCCGAGAACAUCGAGGCGGGGGAUAGCCGGCAGGGGCUGGACGAGGGCGCGAAGCGGGAGAUUUAUGUGAUUAUGAGGAGGAGGGGGGUGGCGUUUGAUGAGGCGAGGCGGUUGUGGAUUGAGGCGAGGUUUCGGAGGGAGGGGAUUGGGGCCGAUGGGAGGCCGUUGGACCGGAAGGCGGUGGUGUUUAGUUGA